AUGAAAUCAAUUACACCAGUCAUCUUAGUAGUCUUUGCUGCUUCCGCCGUGAUGGGUAGACCUAUUGCUAAGGAAUUUAACCAGAAAGAUUCCAUUGUCGAGUUUGGCAACGUUAUGGACAUUUCAGAAGAUGAAUUUCGUCAAAAACAAUUACUCUGCGAAAUUGGAUUUUGCACUAGCAACUGUCCAGAAAAUUGUGGUUUAUAG